AUGGAGGGACCCGGGUUGACGCUGGGGCUGCUGGCUAUGCUGGUUGUUUGUGGUAGCUGGGCCCUGAACGAGGAGGAGCGGCUAAUUCGGCACCUGUUCGAAGAGAAAGGCUACAACAAGGAGCUCCGGCCGGCACACCAGGGAGAGAGUGUAGACAUCACGCUGGCCCUCACACUCUCCAACCUCAUCUCCCUGAAAGAAGUGGAGGAGACCCUCACCACUAAUGUGUGGAUUGAGCACGGCUGGACAGACAGCCGGCUGCAGUGGGAUGCUGAAGAAUUUGGCAAUAUCAGUGUCCUGCGCCUGCCCCCUGACAUGCUGUGGCUCCCAGAGAUUGUGCUGGAGAACAACAACGACGGCUCCUUCCAGAUUUCCUACUCCUGCAACGUGCUCAUCUACCCCUCGGGCUAUGUGUACUGGCUGCCACCUGCCAUCUUCCGCUCUUCCUGCCCCAUCUCCGUCACCUACUUCCCCUUUGACUGGCAGAACUGCUCCCUCAAGUUCAGUUCCCUCAAGUACACAGCCAAGGAGAUCACCCUGAGUCUGAAGCAAGAGGAGGAAGAGGGCCGCUUCUACCCUGUGGAGUGGAUCAUCAUUGACCCCGAGGGCUUCACAGAGAAUGGGGAGUGGGAGAUAGUGCACCGGCCAGCUAGGAUCAACAUGGACCUCAGUGUCCCACUGGACAGUCCUGGCCGCCAGGACGUCUCCUUCUACCUCAUCAUCCGCCGCAAGCCCCUCUUCUACGUCAUCAACAUCCUGGUGCCCUGCGUGCUCAUCUCCUUCAUGAUCAACCUAGUCUUCUACCUGCCGGCAGACAGUGGCGAGAAGACGUCGAUGGCCAUCUCAGUGCUCCUGGCUCAGUCUGUCUUCCUGCUGCUCAUCUCCAAGAGGCUGCCAGCCACAUCCAUCGCCAUCCCCCUCAUUGGCAAAUUCCUGCUCUUCGGCAUGGUGCUGGUGACCAUGGUUGUCGUGAUCUGCGUCAUCGUGCUCAACAUCCACUUCCGCACCCCCAGCACGCACGUGCUGUCUGAGGGGGUCAAGAAGCUCUUCCUGGAGACCCUGCCGGAACUCCUACACAUGUCCCGCCCGGCGGACGAUGGACCUGGCCCGGGGGCUCUGGUCCGGAGGAGCAGCUCCCUGGGCUACAUUUCCAAGGCUGAGGAGUACUUCCUGCUCAAGUCCCGAAGUGACCUCAUGUUUGAGAAGCAGUCCGAGCGCCACGGGCUGGCCCGGCGCCUCACCACCGCACGCCGGCUCCCUGCAGGCUCUGAGCAGGCCCAUCAGGAGCUCUUGAGUGAGCUGAAGCCAGCCGUGGAUGGGGCCAACUUCAUUGUCAGCCACAUGAGGGACCAGAACAAUUACAAUGAGGAGAAAGACUGCUGGAACCGAGUGGCCCGCACAGUGGACCGACUCUGCCUGUUUGUGGUGACGCCCAUCAUGGUGGUGGGCACGGCCUGGAUCUUCCUGCAAGGCGCCUACAACCAGCCUCCACCUCAGCCCUUCCCCGGGGACCCCUUCUCCUACCAUGAGCGGGACAAGCGCUUCAUCUAG